AUGGAUGUAGCUGCAGAAGGUUGUUGUUCACUGUCCGUGAGAGAUGUAGAUGUCACUACUGUGGCGGGGGCACGUUGCCGCCCAAAAUCAAUAUCAGGGGAGUGUGGCGUGCGCCGUCCCGCCGAUUUUUGCCAGUGUUUCAGGAGGCACCCCUACAGCCCACAUUUCAUACAGUUACACGCGCAACCAGUGCUUCAUAAGCGGAUUCCACGCACCAUCGGAAUUAUCCCUAUAAUCUGUAGAUCCUCCCCCACCUCACGAGCUGUUCAUCUAGCCGCGUUUAUUCCAUUAACAUUGUUGACAUCUGCGACACUUGCCGGGGGCGGCAAAAUAGAGCGUUCGGGGUGCCCUGGGAUCUGUGGCCCGCAGGCCGCGACCACAUCAACCCUGUCUUUCUCAAGCUUCCGAAACUCCUUCACCACCAAUGUCAAUUACCUGAAACGAAGAUUCAGCUCGGGGGACCUGCAAUCCGAGUGUGAUGAAGGCGAGGUGGACCCAUACACCGGCCGGCCGGCCACCACCAGCCAGCCGAAACCGCAGAGUCAAAGGCCGACCUCCCAGGCCACCGGGGGCAGCAUUGGCAGCGCGUCGGGUCCUCCUCCGGCGCCGUCCGCAUCCGCGGCAGCUGCGGCGAGCAGUGGAGGGGAUCUCUCGCUCAACCUGCGGGGAGGAUCGCGCGGGACAUCCGCACCUUCCUCCCCGGCCAAGUCCCGCGAGUCUCUUCUCCAACGAGUACAAUCUCUCACUGGCGCCGCAAGAGAUCAAGGCGCCAAUUUAUUAGGGAGUGUAACGUCCGUGGCGUCUGUCGGUCGUGGCUACAACCGAGACCGAUGUGUGACGCUGCUGGUGGUGGAUGACCAGAAUACCGACUGGUCUAAGUACUUCAGAGGCCGCCGUCUGCCUGGCGAGUGGGAUAUCCGCGUCGAACAAGCUGAAUUUAGGGUAAGUACCACUCUUUAUAGAAGAUAG